UGGUUUCAGUUCUGUUCGAAGCUUUAAGCCGGUUAGACGUGUGUAAACGUGCAGAUCCAACGCGCGUUGCGCUGACGGUUUCGACUCGAUCCGCAUGCUUUGCAUUCCGUGACACCGUUAAGAGCACAUGGCGACACCGUAGAAUCGAGUGUUGAACGCGAGAAGCAGAAAAAAAAGUACCAGGCGCACUUUUCUCGGUGAGAUGCAUGGACAUUGGACAACCACGCUUCAGCAUACACACGACUUACCACGUCUGAGUCCCGCUAAGUCAGAUAAAGAUUUGUAUGAAACAAAGCCCAGCCAACAAAGGCGCUAGGAACUCAGGUUCAUUGACAUGAUUAACACGCACUCGGCUGCUGAAUUACGGUCGUGUGGGGAAACUCAAAGUGGGCAUGACACAUGGUUGGCUGUGACCUAGUCGGAAAGUUCACGUUAUCGUAUUCAGCGAUUCGAUGCAAUUUGCGUUCUUGACGGAAGACGUGACUGGAGUUAGAAAUUCCACAGUUCGCACAACGAAAAGAAAAUUGCCAUCGAUGCAUUGGGAAAGAUUUGUGAUUUUCCACGGUUGAUGGCAUUAUGUGAUGGUUGCCCUUAACCUAGCGCGAGGUUAAAGAAAACAAAGCAACGAGAAUGAAAGCAUGUACGCGAAGAAAACAAAUUGUGAGAAAUUCAAAAAAGCGUGAAGAUACGAAUCGUUAAAGCUCAUUUUGAAAGUCGGGCAGGACUGAUAGCUGCUGCAGAGGUGUGAUGGCAGAAGUGAAAGUAUUCGAUACACCUGAAAAACCCGAGGUAGCAGAACAGUCGGAGAAUUCCGAUUAUUUUCUGCGGAGCAUUUUUAUUCCCGCCGAUACUGGCGGAAACCUCGGAAUGCAUCUCAGUCGUACACCUUGGGACCCUUACCCCUGGGUAAGUGGCGUUCUGGCUGGGUCUUGUGCCGAGCAAGCAGGACUUCGAGUAGGUGACUGCGUAUUAGAGGCAAAUGGCGAAGAUUUGCUCGGGCUUAAAAUAGUCGACAUCGCCAAGCGUGUUCGGAACUGCAAGCAAAAUGCGAAUCCUCGUCCAGGUGUUAACUUGAUGCUUUGGAACUCUGGAUUUGAAAAGAAUAACCUCAACCCGCAGUCACUGUCACGGUUCGCCAGUUGUCUUCAGGGCAUUGCCGGUUUGCUGGAAUGUCCCGUUUGUUUGGAAAUCAUUCGACCUCCUUCGUGGCAAUGUUGCCAUGGUCAUCUAAUCUGUUCCGGUUGUCGCUCCAAGAGCACCAAGUGUCCAAUUUGUCGUGUGAUGCUAGGACGGGGUCGAUGCAUAGUUGCUGACAAAUUGUUUCAUUUUCUAGUUCAAACGCUUGGACAGCAUGGAGAACACAAACAUUCGGCAGCUAGAAAGACACCUAGUUUACAACAAAUCAGCGUCCGCUUGCCAUUACUUCUACGUGACCCCAAACACUGUAAACAAUCAUUAAAAUUGAAAGCAAAUAGCUACAAUAUUAAUAACGGGACAUCCGUGGAAGAUAGGACCGCAAAAGUGGCAAUGUGUCCUCUGCAAUAUUACUGCCCUUCCGGUCAACCGUGUGAUAAAAUGAAAAAUCAACAUGACAUAUUAAUUCAUUUGCAGAAAUCUCAUCAAACGAGUGUGGUGCAGUAUUAUGCGGCCCCAGGCGACCAGCUUAGUAUAAAUUUCAACGAAUCGUGUGUAACAUGUAUCGUCCUCGUUCCCGAAACAGCACAGGACGAAAACAAUAACAGCUCACGGCAUAAGGCUAGUUCUAACAGUAAUUGCGGUAUCAUCCGGAAUAAAUUGACUUCUGCUGUCAUGGAGCAGAAUGAACAUUUUUUCCUGGCAAAAUUCCGCUGCAUCGAAACCAGCAGUCAAGCUCUUUAUUGGUUGUGGUACCUAGGUUCAAUAGAGUCCGUAAAUCGAUUCCACGUUACUUUAUCGGAUGUGCAUAGUCAAAUCAGUUGGAGUGGAGUUCCGAUAUCACUUCGGCAAAAUUGCAAGGAAGCUCUUAAAACGAAACAGUUCGUCAGACUAAACUAUGAAACAAAAGGACUGCGUGUUAAAGUUGAAUUUAGAAAAUAAAUUAGUUUUUUUUUUGUGGUACAGCUUAUGAGUUUAAUUUGUUGAGAAGAUUUCGGCCUGUAGUAAGUA